CAGUCAGCGCGCGGAGACUGCAGGCUCCGGCGCAAAAUCCUGCGGGAGAGGGGGUGGGGCGACGGCUCUGGAGGCAGCGCGCCCGCGGGUUGCUUCGUUGUGGCUCGUCAGGCUCCCGUGGCGGCGGCGGCGGCGUUUGCCUCGGUGUCUCCCGCGCGCACUCCAGCCGCCUCCUAGCGGCGCGGCGCCCUUUCCUAAGCCUAAAAUGACGAAUGUGUGAUCUCAGUGGAAUAAAUGGCGUCCAAAGUCACAGAUGCUAUAGUGUGGUAUCAAAAGAAGAUUGGAGCAUAUGAUCAACAAAUAUGGGAAAAAUCUGUUGAACAAAGAGAAAUCAAGGGAUUAAGGAAUAAACCAAAGAAAACAGCACAUGUGAAACCAGAUCUCAUAGAUGUCGAUCUUGUAAGAGGGUCUGCAUUUGCUAAGGCAAAACCUGAAAGUCCAUGGACUUCUCUGACUAGAAAGGGAAUUGUUCGCGUUGUAUUUUUUCCCUUUUUCUUCCGGUGGUGGUUACAAGUAACAUCAAAAGUCAUCUUUUUCUGGCUUCUGGUCCUUUAUCUUCUUCAAGUUGCCGCAAUAGUACUAUUCUGUUCCGCUUCUAGCCCACAUAGCAUACCUCUGACGGAAGUGAUUGGGCCGAUAUGGCUGAUGCUGCUCCUGGGAACUGUGCACUGCCAGAUCGUUUCAACGAGAACACCUAAACCUCCGCUAAGUACAGGAGGUAAAAGGAGAAGGAAAUUAAGAAAAGCAGCCCAUUUGGAAGUACAUAGGGAAGGAGAUGGUUCUAGUACCACAGAUAACACACAGGAGGGAGCAGUUCAGAGCCACGGUACAAGCACCGCUUACAGCGUUGGCGCUGUCUUCAGAGAUCUCUGGCAUGCUGCUUUCUUUUUAUCAGGAUCAAAGAAAGCAAAGAAUUCAAUUGAUAAAUCAACUGAGACUGACAAUGGCUAUGUAUCCCUUGAUGGGAAAAAGACUGUUAAAAGCAGCGAAGAUGGAGUACAAAGCCAUGAACCUCAGUGUGAAACUCUUCGAGCAGAAGAGGCAACCUGGAACACAGGAACACUGAGGAACAUUCCCAGCAAAGAUACCCAAAGGACAGUAACAAAUGUCUCUGAUGAAGUCUCCAGUGAAGAAGGUCCAGAAACAGGAUACCUAUUGCGCCGUCAUGCAGACAGGACUUCUGAGAGCAUUCUUCGGAAUAGAAAGUCACACCAUUAUAAGAAACAUUACCCUAAUGAGGAUGCCCCUAAAUCGGGUACUAGUUGCAGCUCUCGCUGUUCAAGUUCCAGACAGGAUUCUGAGAGCACAAGGCCAGAAUCUGAAACAGAAGAUGUAUUAUGGGAAGACUUGUUACAUUGUGCAGAAUGCCGAUCAUCUUGUACCAGUGAGACAGAUGUGGAAAAUCCUCAAAUUAAUCCAUGUGUGAAAAAAGAAUAUAGAGACGACCCUUUUCAUCAGAGUCAUUUGCCCUGGCUCCAUAGUUCCCACCCAGGAUUAGAAAAAAUAAGCGCUAUCGUAUGGGAAGGCAAUGACUGCAAGAAAGCAGACAUGUCUGUACUUGAAAUCAGUGGAAUGAUAAUGAACAGAGUAAACAGCCAUAUACCAGGAAUAGGAUACCAGAUUUUUGGAAACGCAAUCUCUCUAAUCCUGGGUUUAACUCCAUUUGUUUUCCGACUCUCUCAAGCUACAGACUUGGAUCAACUCACAGCACAUUCUGCUUCAGAACUUUAUGUGAUUGCAUUUGGUUCUAAUGAAGAUGUCAUAGUUCUUUCUAUGGUUAUAAUAAGUUUUGUGGUUCGUGUGUCUCUUGUGUGGAUUUUCUUUUUUUUGCUCUGUGUAGCAGAAAGAACUUAUAAACAGCGAUUACUUUUUGCAAAACUCUUUGGACAUUUAACAUCGGCAAGGAGGGCUCGAAAAUCUGAGGUUCCCCAUUUCCGAUUGAAGAAAGUACAGAAUAUAAAAAUGUGGCUCUCUCUCCGGUCCUAUCUUAAGCGUCGAGGUCCUCAGCGAUCAGUUGAUGUCAUAGUUUCAUCUGCUUUCUUGUUAACUAUCUCAGUUGUAUUUAUCUGUUGUGCCCAGUUGCUUCAUGUACAUGAGAUCUUCCUUGAUUGUCACUACAAUUGGGAACUGGUAAUCUGGUGCAUCUCGUUAACACUUUUUCUCCUAAGAUUUGUUACCCUUGGAUCAGAAACAAGUAAAAAAUAUAGCAAUACCUCAAUAUUACUUACUGAACAGAUAAACCUCUACUUGAAAAUGGAGAAGAAACCUAACAAAAAGGAGGAACUGACACUAGUGAAUAAUGUUUUAAAACUGGCUACUAAACUGCUAAAGGAAUUGGACAGUCCCUUUAGAUUAUACGGGCUUACAAUGAAUCCACUGCUUUAUAACAUCACCCAGGUUGUCAUCCUGUCAGCUGUUUCUGGUGUUAUCAGUGACUUACUUGGAUUUAAUUUAAAGCUUUGGAAGAUUAAAUCAUGACAAUUCAGAGAAAAGAAGAUGUAGCCUCUUUUCCAGAAUAAGAGUACCAACUAAGCUGCCUGAAAGCAGUCACUGACUCUUUGCUUCAGGAGUCUCAGCUGGGAAAUUGAAGUGUUUACAUCAGACUGUCCUGUGCAAUUCUUAUAUUUAUUUCACUUGUUCACUGUUUUUUACAUUUAUUUUAGUCUUUAUAUUUUAUUUUUAGCUUUGAUGUACUUACUUGUUGAAAGGGUGAUAAAACUGAUAUCCAGAUACUUGAGAUCCUGGUAAUUGCUCGUAAAUAAUGACAAAAUAACAAAUCGUGAGAAGAGAAGCCAUUGCUAAGCACUGUUUCUCCGUCAAUGCCGUGACUUGCCUUACUUGAGGAAAACUUCUUUAACUUUAUAACCUAGCAUUGGACUCAGCUAAACACAUAAAGCAUUUUCUUCAGUAAAUCAAGAUCCAGUCAGGGUUUCUUUUGAAUUAUUUCGGAACAAUGCCAGGAUCUAAAUUGAUUAAGCUGCAGUUUAAGCACCCUUCAGUAUUAAUAUAUAUGGUAUUACACAACAGGUCAACAAGUGCUCUUUGAUGAUAAAACUCUUAAUAGAGCAAUAAUUGUAAAUGGUUACCAUACUGUAAGAUAUUUUGAUAAAAAUUAACUAGUAAUAAUUGUAUUUAUUUGAAACACUGGGCUGUUUGCACAGCUCCAACUGUGCAUGCUCAAAAUGUGCACUUUUUAAAAUUGUUACUUUUAAUGCGUAUCUUUAUAUGGGAUAUGUUAUAGUGUACUAGGGCAUGAAUUGGUAUCCUUUUGAGUGAGGUAUAUGCUCAUCUCACAAGUGAAGUGCCUAUUGAUAUUACUAAAGUACAUUAUGUUUACCCAAGUAAAAUAAUUUUCUCCCCAUGGUACACCAUAGUGUAUGCUAUUCAUACCACACUCAAAUGAACAACUUAAGAAUAAGGUUAAGAACCAAUUAAAUAUUCUUCUGAUUGUUAGUUGUAAAACUGUAUCUGAAUUUUCAGGAAAAAUAGCUAUAGCUUGCAAAUUCUACCUUCUAAACUUAGUCUGGUACAUCUACCCCCUCAACCCCCCAAUUAUAUAAGGGCUAUUUUAGAUGCUUUUAACCUAGAAAGUUAACCCCCUCCCCCCUAAAUAAUUUGCCAAGUUUCCAAAUGAGAACUUAUCCUGUUGGCAUGUUAGGUAAAUAGGGCGAAUAUGAUGGUAUCUUACAUUGGGCCUUGAUUUUAAGUUGUUAUGUUUGUACAAUCAAGAAAUUUUAGGAGUUAUGUGAAACAUGAAAUGUUUUAGCAAACUUUUUUUUUAAAACUGGGUAUCUAGUUUCUAAAACAAAGAAUUUAUUUGAGACAGUCUAGAAUUUUCUUGGUGCAAGGUGUAUCAUGUUGAAUAUCCUCACAUUUUUUACCAUGUUUUUGGGAAUUGAAAAUAAUUAAUUGUAAAUUAUUUAUUUGAUUGGUGCAGUUCUAAUCCCCAAAUCAUCUUAAGAUCAGGAAUGUGUAGAGAACAGAGCCAUAUCGUAAUAUCACUUUGCUCUCACCAUUCCUUUUGAUCAGCCUCAAUUCAGCCAUAUUUUCUUUCUGUAGAAAACAACAAAAGUAUUUUAUUUUAUUUGCCUGUGUUCUAAUAUGUUUAAUAAUGACCAAAGUGCAUUCUGAGUUUUUUCAAGGAAUGUAUUACUGGAGCUUUAAGAACAUACUUAUUUUCUCCUGUGAAAAAUUAGGCUUUUUCUGAUACGUUUCUUCUUCCUCUAUUGUCUAAUGUUGAGGUUAUUUCUAGGAAUUAUAUUUUAUAAACUUUUUCAAAAUAAGGUACAUACCUAUACAGAACUUAACAUUUUGCACAGAAUAUAUCGAAUAUAUUUUGAAAAAAAAAGUACAGCAUGAGUUCUGUUAGGAAUAAAAAUGAAACUAUUGUAUCUCACAGAAAAACUUAUUUCAGAAUGGAAAUAUUUUUGAGAAAAGUAGCUGAGUAAACUGAUUUAGGAAGAUGCUUGUUUUUGAUUGAAGUUCAUUUUAACUUAGAGUUGGGAGUUGAUUUAUUGAGUACAGUGUACCUCUCAACAAUGUAUUAAUAUGUUGAAUUAUGUCACUAAUGUGGGCAGCAGUAGAAUACUGAAAGGAAAAAGUUGUCAUUUUAAGUAAUUUCAGAACAUUAAUGGAACUGUUUUCAAAGCAGAAAAAUUGACAUUGCUGCCUUUAAGAAUACAAUGAAUGUAAGAAAUUGAAAUAAAUUGUAACAUAUCACAUAAUAUAGAAAAGGCAGUUCGAAGAUAGAAUUGUGGCAGAUGUUGUGUGUUAACUGUUGUUUCUUUGCCACACAUGUCGUAUUUGAAAGUUUGAACAGCAAGUUUAAAAUAAAACAUUCUAUGACUGACAGUAUUAAACUAGAAGUGUUUUCUUUUUUUUCUAAUUUAAAAGUCAUGCACAUUUCUAUGGUAAUUUUAUAUUUACUGUAGCAUAAACUUUAGGUAUAACUGUUAGAUUUGAGAGGAGUGGGAAAACAUUUUAAAAACCUUUCCAACAUUUCAGUUUUUGUUGAUUCUCAGAACAUGAAAGAAGAAUAUGUGCGCAGGCUUUUCAUCACCAAAAUGCUAUGACAUCAUUAAUGUUUGUUUGCUUGUUUGUUUGUAUUUAGAAACAGAAAACUGGCUGUAGCCUGGGAUAUUAAAAUUAAUUGCCAGAAGGAUAGUGGUGUUUUUAAUCAAGUGAUUUUGCACGUGAAUUCAGCGCGAGAGAUUAUGGCCAAUAAUAACAUAGAGUAGCCCAAAUCAUCUGUAGUAUGAUAAGGAUCAUGGGUUCUGGAAUCAGGCAGAGCUGGGAUUCUUUGCAGCAUGUGUAUGGCCUUGGGCAAGUUACUUAACCUCCCUAAGCCUCAUCUAUAAAAUGAGGUGGAGAGCUGCUGCUGGAGCCGAAAAUGGUUCCUGUGAGUAUAAAAUUAGAGAACAUCUGUGUGAUGGGCAGGGACCUGGUCCACUACCCUCCUAUGCAGCAAAACAUCAAUUUAUUUGUCCUCAAUCAAACUAAAUCUGGCAUUGAGCACCUACUCAGAAGACUAUCAAGAAUUCAAUAUGUUAUAUUUGGAGGAGCCUCGCCUCCCUAGAUUGACACAAAAUCCAGGGGAUUCAGCUACUACCUGGAAAAGAUGGAAGCGGCCUGGUCCUUUUUCUCUGGUGGUAGCUAUCCCUCCAUCCUGAUUCUUCUCCCUGGCCAACGCUUCCUGUGUCUGUUGGGCGUGGAUGCUCCAGCCAGCUCAGAGAUGCUCCCCACAGAGGUCCUCCCCCCGCUGACCCCAGGCUCAGCUUCAAGAUCCUCACCUCUGCUUCAAGGCCUCGAAUAUUAGUGCCCAUCUCCUUCCACAGAUGCCUCACAGAUUUCCAAGCCAAAGCCUGGCUGAGGAGUUGCCUUGUGGACCUUGAGAACUUCUGUUUUCAGCCCAGAAGCUCCAAAGUUUCUUGGCGCUUCUCGUACCCGGAGAGCCUGUUGAUCCUUGUUACAUGCUGACAGCACAUAGAACCAGUUGUGGAACAUUCACCAGCCCACCUCUGCUCAUAGGGAUGUACAGAUACAAUAAGUUUCUGUGGGUCCAGGAGUCUGGAGAUGGCUUAAAUGGUCCUCUGCCCAGCGUCGCACAAGACUGCAAUCAAAAUGCCAGCUGUGCUGAAUUCUCAUUUGGAGAAUUAGCUGGAGAAUAAUCUUCUUGCAAGCUCAUCCAGUCCCCCCACCGACCCCCACCGAAUCCGAGGUUGGUUGAAUUCACGGAUGUGGAACCUGAGGAAAAGGACAGCCGACCACGUAGUUCUCUUCACAGCAAACGCACCUCUACUGCAGGAACAUCAAUCAGGUUUCUGGUCGAGUGCCUGACGCUUGGAGUACACAUUCGAAGCUCUUCUAGGCACGUACAGACCUCAGGAGCCACACACUUCACAGUUUCUGGGUUCCACAGUGGACUUGGACUUGACAAAAUGACAGCUUCAGAGGAGGGAUGUGCUUGUUGCUCCGCCCAGUCUCCACCUGGCUCUCUUCGCUUUUUAUUUUCCGGCCUGACCUUGGAAACAUGUGAUUCAUGACAGUUAUGGUUUCACUCUGAUGCUUUUACAAAAAUGCUUCCUCUUCAAGAAGAUUUCCAGAAAGGACUUUUUGACAAAUACAGGUUUCUGACUUUCAGACCAUAACACUGAACUGGCUUAUAUCAUCUAUCUUUGGAUGAAGAUCAGAUGUCCCAAGACCUGUAACCAGGUCAUUAUGUGUACUGGAAAAAGACAUCUUUUAAAGGACCAUCUCCAACCUAGAUGGAAAGACCCUUAUCAGGUACUCUGCACUAGCUCAUGCACAGCAAAACUGAAGGGAAUUGACUCUUGGAUUAAUAUUUUCACAUAGGAAGGGCCCCUGCACUGGACUGGUCUAUAGAGAGGGCUGCUGAUGUCAAAAUCACCUUAAAACAACGCUCAAACAGAGGAGAAACUACACUCAUACCAGGAUGAGAGGAAGACAACAUUGGAAGUAGACAGCUGGCCUAAGAUGCUGCACCUGACCCGCUGCAAGACUCUUCACUUGAGGCUUUCAACCAUAUUCUCCUCUUGUCAAACAAACAACUAAACUACACCUAUGCUUGAUGGAAAUUAAACAGCUGGUGCUCAGGAUACUACAAUUACAAAGAGAGGGAAAGAGUCAACCCAAGGAAGCUGUUACUUGUGACUGCCUGUGAUGGGACCUGAUCUCCCUGUUUUACUUAUUUGACUUCAGGUGCAGGGAGCUGCCAAAGCCCCCGCAGUGGAACUGGGAGCUUCAGGAUCAGUUUGGGUCUGCCGUGGAUGCCAUAUGGACCAUGCUUGUUGACACGUGGGACUUCAUGUCGGUGCUCCCAAGCCUUGGUGCCUCGCGGAUUUAUGCACGUGACAGUGAAAAUAAAUUAAAACACCAUGAGACGGAACCUAAGAAGAAUGGCCUGCAGUGUCAUCAGGUCUGCCAGCCCUGUGUGGAUAUCUGACUUGGGAGCACCUGAAUCAGUGGUUCUCAAACUCAAGGAUACAUGUGAAUCACCUGGGGCAGUUUUGAAAAAUACAGAGUCCUCAGCCAAGGAACUCCUCUGCAUUUUUAACAGGCACCCAGGGUGACUGUCACCUCCGUACGGGUCCCAGCCAACCUCCUGAUCCUGGCACCCCAGGUGGACAAACUUUCACGAAGCCUCCAGACACAGCCAUGAGGACAGCAGGAACAAUCGUCUGCUUUUUCUUGUCACGGGUCGCGGGAUCCCAUCCAACACCACAAGCAGCCAGGGCAGCCUGGCCUUGCCUGGUCUCGUGGGCGGCAUGCCUCCUCCAUCCGCCACGGGAUGCGACUGUGGCCGGACGAGGUAGGGGCCAGGUGACCAGUUGGUCACGCGCUUGCAGAGGAAGGCCAGGUACUUUAACUUGUUCCUGAGAAAUAGCCAUCAAGGAUGUUCAUGCCCACUCAGCAUGUGACUACUACCUUCCCGCCCAGAGUACCACCUGCUUGGCCAUGAUGGGUGCCUGGUAGCCCAGGAGAUGGCCUCAGCCAUCAAGCACCAGACCUGCCCUCCUGCCAUCUUCAGCAGAAACCUGGGGAAAACUUUUCACUGAACAAAUGUUUAUUGAGCACCUACUAUUUACGUGACACAGAUCUCUGCACUGAAAAUACACCUGUGAAGAAAGCAAUAUUCCUGUGUCCUGGACCUUACUUUCAGAGUGGAAGAGACAGAAAAUCAAUAUACAAAUAGUAUUGGUAAGCAGAAGCACUACUGCCCUUAGGAUGGAUAAAUACUAUUAAUCUUGCAGUUAAUGUUUAUUGAACAUCAUGGACUUCCCCGGUGGCACAGUGGUGAAGAAUCCACCUGCCAAUGCAGGGAACACGGGUUCGAGCCCUGGUCCGGGAAGAUCCCACAUGCUGCGGAGCAACUAAACCUGUGUGCCACAACUACUGAGCCUGUGUGCCACAACUACUGAGCCUGUGCACCACAAC